AUGAGUCACAAACCCGGACUUAUGCCCACCUAUAACAGCCUCACGGACAAACAUCUCGCCGAUUACUUUAGAAACGCUCGAAUCAGGAGGCACCUGCAGAGAGCAGGCCUGCUCACCAGGAGUGGACGAGUUGUUCCAGACAAGGAGUACAAACACAAGCUGCUCCAGAGAGCCCACCAGAGACACGUCACAGAGUGCCUGGCCCAGGCCAUCUUCCACAAGGUGUUGGAGAUGAAGCGCCUCCACCAAACGGAGAUCAAAAGGAAGCUGGAGGAGUUUGCACGAAGGGAAAGGGUGCAUAGGAUGAAGGUGGAGCGCUCCAAAACCUAUAAGGAAGACACGACCAGCCUGUUUCCACGUGCACCCACGAGAGCCAGGGACCUCCAGGAACAGCACUCUGUGCCAGAAGGGGAUCAGUCUGAAUCCUCUGAGUCUUCGACCUCGUCCCGACCCAACACCGCUCCAGGGAAGAUGCAGAGGCCGGUGCGCCUGAAGCCGAUCCACAGUAACAGCACCACAGCUUCGCUCAGGCGCAGCUCAAUUUACAGAGUCUACAAGUCUCCGCACGAGGACGAGCAGCCGUCCAACUGCACCAUGGACAAAAAGCCGCGCAGGCAUUUGACCACGAUGGAGGCCUUUCAUGGCACCUCGCCCCACUACCUCCCAGCCAUCAACAACUUUUUCACACCAGUGCCUCCAGCAACAAAGAAGAAAGAGGGGGGUGUAAAGAUCACCCCCAGCAGCACUAUCAGAGGCCGCAGGCUGCGCCCCACCACUUCGCCCAGCGGAGCUGAAGUCCCUCCAUGGUUGAGGAGCUCUGUUCACCAGACCAAAGUGUGCAUGAACAUGGUGUACUUUGGUAAAACGGUGCACCUCACCAACGACCUGCUGGACCUGAGGGAUGAGGUCAAAGUAUUUCAGCAGCACUGUGGAGGAGAAAAUCUCUGCGUGUUUAAGGGAAAUCUCCUUGGGGGAGAGACGUUUCAGUUCAUCUCAAGGCGACACAGAGGGUUCCCCUUCAGCUUGACCUUCUUCCUGAACGGGCUGCAGGUGGAGCGACUGAGCUCCUGCUGUGAGUUCAAGCACAGCAAACGCUCCCGACUUGGCGGAAGACAUGGACACUUUGGUUUUCUCAGCGCGGAGGGGGCAUCCCCCUGUUACAAAUGCAUCAUCGCGAUGGGGCUCGACAAAAAGCCAACUCCUCCACCAAAGAAAGGGAAAGAAGACAAUGCACAAGAACAAUCAGCCAGUAGUCCAUUAGACGCUCCUGAGCGAGACACAGAAAGGACUGGGGACGACGCUGCCUCUGAAACUGGUCCAUCACGUGACCCUGAGGCUAAAACCCAGGAACAAACAGCACCUGGGAGAGACAAAGCCAGAGACGAUUAUGAAGAAGACUUUGAAGCAGAUGACGAAGGCCCUGUAGAAGAGGAAACAGGAAAAGGAGAGAACUCCCCAUCUCCAUUUAAGGAAACUGAAAAGCUGAAUCAAGAAGAAAACACCUCUGAAACUGAUACUGAUGAGGAGGAGGAUGACACAAUGUCUCGCUCAGGUUCAAGCGUUUCAAGUGACGACCAGGAGGAAAGUGAUGCUGAAAGCGUCAAAGACUCCAUGAAGGACGAGAAAGCAGGUCAACUCAAAGAGGACGAUCAGGAGGAAGCAGCUGCUCCGAACGAUCAAAGUGAGGAACCAAAAUCAGAAGAAACUGCAGCCACAAAGGUCGAGACUACUUGUGACAGCGCCGGGGACAGCACGGGGAUGGAAAUGCCUGACAGCAGCGCCACAUGGAGUGUGAAUAAACAGGGGGGUGGCACUUCAGAGGACAAAAACAAUGAGGAAACUGAAAAUGAGACCAAAGCGGACGAUGAACAGGACAGGGCCAAAUCUGUGCAGGAGAAGCUGGCAGAAGCCAUCUUGAAGGAGUCCCAGUGCAGCUCUGAGCCUGAACUGAGCGACUCCAGUACAGAGGAAGAGGAGGGGCCCACAGCUGCACACCCUAAACAGGAGAACGAAGAAAAUCUCUUUCUUUUGUCAGAACAAGAGCAGACUGUUGUAGAAGAGACAAAACUUGAGGAAAAAGCUACUGAUGAAGAGGCACGGGAACUGGAAGAGUCGCCUGGAGCAAAAGAAGUGGAUGUGCAACAGCCUCUUGACAACAGUGAAAGCAACAAAGACGACAAGGUCAACGAGGCUGAGGGAGAUGAAAGGGCUGCGGAGGAUGAAGUCACAGCAGAGCGAGAUCAACCUGAGGCAUCUGGUGAAACCCAGCUUCAUGUAGACAACGAGAACAUGGCACAAGAUAACAAGACUGAAGAUUCCUUUGACUUAAGUAAAGCUUCUGAAUCUGAGGCUUUAGAGAACGACGAAGGAGAGAAAAUUGUUGUGGAGGCUGUCGUUCAUACUGAUGACAUGGGGCAAAGGGCGAAAAGCGAAACAGAGGAUGAGUCAUCAGCAUUCGAGCUGAACAAAGAGACCGAUGAGAACACUGAGGCGGAGGCGACAGCAGCUAGCGAGACAAUGGACAUCAAAGCAGAGUCCUCGGAGGAGCAGGAGGCCCUCAGCGGAGGAGAGGUGCCUGAAAGUGAUGCAGAGAGGAGGCAGCAGGCAGACAGCGAGGGCAACACAGCAGCACCAGAAAAUGAAGUCACAGCAGAGGAAUCAAGCAGCUUGCCUGAAGAGGCUGGAGACUGCACAGAUGAAAAGCCAGCAAACAAGUCUGAGGAAACCAUGAAAGAUGAGGGCGAUGAAGAUGGAAUUAAAGAAGCAGCUCAGGAACAAACGUCAGAAACUGAUGAACGAAAGGAUGACAGCGAGCAGGAAAAGUGUGAGCAGGAGGAAGAGAACAUGGAAAUAACUGCAGAAGUACAUGAAAAUACAAACGAGCCGAAAUCUGAGGAAGAACAAACUCACCAAAGUUCAGAGAUAACGGGAGAUGAAAACAUGCAGGGAGCAGAACAGAUCAACACAGAAGAGAUUAUUGGUGAAAGUAAGGAGGAUGAUCGUUCUGACAAAAACACAACCAGAAACUACAACGACACUGAAGAAGCUGCUCUAGAUCCUCUUGAUGAGCAGAACAAAGCUGAAGAUACCAAGAACACAGAAGAACAGGAAAAGACUGAUGAGGGCAGUGAAAGUGGAACGAAGGAACCUGAAGCAGGAGGAGAAGAGAAAGAACAAACAGUUGAGACAAGCGUCGCUUCUGCAGAAAAAGACGACGGAGCAGGGAAAUCCGAGAAAGACGAAAGUGAGGACAAAGUUACAGAAUCUGAACAUGAUGAAAAACAUGAAGAGAGAAAAGAUGUAACUGAGAGAGAAGGAGAAGAGAUGUCUGAGAUUACAGAGGGACAAGAGAAAAGUGAAGAUACGGAGGAAGAGAAAAUAAAAGCACGUGUUGAAAAUGUUGCUGGGUCAGAGGAUGUGUGUGACAGUGAAGCAGCCGGUGAGACUCAAACAGCUGAGGGGGUGCAGAACAGUCCACAGCAUGAAAGUGAUGAAGAGAAACGUGCAGGAGCAAGUGGAAGUGGAGAGGGUGAUGAUGACAAUGGAGACAUUCCUUUAGCGACUGACAGCAGCCCUGAUGAGGACGAGAAAGAAGCUCCAGCUAAAGAGGAAGCUGACUCUGAAACAGCUGAACAAGCCGAAAAAGAAAGAAAACCAGAAGAAGCAACCGAAGAGGAGAGCGCAGAGGUAACUGUGAAGUCUGGAGAAACUGCUGAAAAGCAAGAGGACAACAUGUUUGGUGCAGCUCCUGACACUGAUCUCUCUGAAAGCGGCACCAAAGAAGGUGAUGACAGUGUGGCAAAGCACAACGAAUCAGCCGAACAAAACACAGAGCUGGAGACGUCUGACACAGAAAUAAAGGAAGAUCUUUUAUUGGAUGAGAACAAAGGCGACGAGGAAACGGGAGAAGAAGAAAAAGGCAAAAAGGCAGACCUGGACCAUAAAAACAAGGCAUUGGAUUUGAUCAAAAAUGACAAUAACGUUGAGAACAUCAGUGAGGUUGCUCUUUCAGAAGAUCAGGAAAGAGCUUCAGCACCAGUAGAAGAUGAUGGUGCUAUGGUAGAUCCGGAGAAGGCUGAGUCUGUGUCGGAGAAAAACCUUGAAACUAGAGUCGGGACUGAACUAUCUGCAGCUGAUGGAGAGAAUAAAGGAACAGAGGAGGCCAGUAAGGCCUCAGAUGAAGGAGUGAGUGUGCUUCUCAAACCUUCAACACAAAGCAAUGUGGGGGGAGACACUCCAGAGGCCCUAACAAACAAAGACAAUACAGAUUUGGUCACAAGCUGGAUACAAAUGCACCAAUCAUCAAGGUACUUUGAGACAUUUGUUGAGCCUUUAGAAGAUCUGCAGGAGGACGUUUUAGAUGUUAAAGUAUCCAGCUUGGAUUACAAAGAAACACCAAUGGAGCUGCUGAAGUCAACAAGGAUGUUUGAGGAUGAAGAAAAAUCAAAAGACAAAGCUCAAAUAGAAACUGGGGACCUUGACAACACCCAAAGUGAUCAAUAUGAAGAGAAGACCGAGGUAAAAGAUCUGGUACCCAGGGAAGAAGAUGACCAGAGUAGUCAUGGUGGAUCUGUGGAUAAAGACGGAGCUGAAGAUGGACCAGCAACAGAAACUCAUGAGGAAAAUACAUUUUCUAAAACAGAAGUAGAAAGUGUCUCAUGCUCUCUCAAAGCCGAGAGUGUUUUUGAAAACCAAAGUGUUAACGCCACCAAUCUUAGAUCAGAUCUGAGUGCAGCUGACCUUCCAUCAAAAACAAAAGAGCUUCAUAAAUCAGAGAGUCUGGAUGAAACAGACAAUCCACUACUUCAGGUCACGCAAACAGCCAAGCUGUCAACGCUGAAGCUGGAUGAUGGAAGCAAAGAGGAGCUCCAGGGUGAAGGUGUCCAGCCUGACACGUUUGAGGAACGUUUCAGAGAGAAGGGGGACAUGCUCAUCAAACAAACAUUCAGUAAAGACCACCUGAGCACAUUCUCAGUGGACAGAGCACUGUUUGCUCACACCUCAUAUCCUUUACUGACCACUUCAGGCACAGACAGCGGUCAGUAA